ACGAGGGAGACCACACAUGCGGGGCGGGGCGCCGUACGCGGCACGCUCCAACUGAGAGAUCGGCCUGUAUAAAGGAAGGGGCCGUUCAGCGCUUCUUCCAUCAUCAUCGUCAUCGUCGCAGGGGGUCGAGAGAAGAGGGAGGAGGAGGAGAUGGGUCUGGAGGAAGAGUUCUUGGAAUAUGCUGAAAAAGCCAAAACUCUACCAGAAACGACAACAGAUCAGAGCAAACUUAUUCUUUAUGGACUUUAUAAGCAAGCGACAGUUGGGCCAGUGAAUACUAGCCGGCCGGGGAUCUUUAACCUCCGGGAUAGGGCAAAGUGGGAUGCUUGGAAGGCUGUUGAAGGGAAAUCGAAGGAAGAAGCCAUGACUGACUACAUCACCAAGGUUAAGCAGCUGCUGGAAGAGGCUGCUGCGUCUGCAUAAUUUAUCGAUCCUUUUAUUGGGGCUGAAUUAUGAGAAUCUAUCUGCCGCCGAACUUUUAAGUAUCAGUAUUUGGUUUCAUGACAUUGGUAUCUACUCGCCUAUUACUGUUC